CAGCCAGAGCCUCUUGAGUUCUUGGGAUUAGCUGAUUGUGCUGCUAUCGAUCGACGGGGGCCAUUGCUUCCUUUGUACCUUGUAGUCACUAUUGUACUCCAUCGUAUGGUAUAUCUUGCCUCGUUGGGCCGUCUUACAUUGUUUCAUCCCUUCUCAUUGGAUUUACCGAACUUCAGACUUCCAUUUUCAUAUUUCUGACCUACUCAAGAGCCUUAUUCAACUUAUCCAACAUGAAAGUUGCAACUAUUCUAGGGGGUGUCUGCUUUGCAGCAACUUCGUUUGCAGCUUUCGACUUGAAUCGUGGUGGUGCGGUGUUGAAAGCCCCAGCGGGCGACUCAUUCACUUCAGUCACUGGAACAUUCUCCGUUCCCAACCUGAGUGGAAACUCUCGUCUAUCUAUCUGGGUUGGAAUUGGAGAUACGACCGAUCAAACAUAUGUCGUUGGCGGCGGAAUAGUCUAUAAUCGAACUCUCGGCUCCUGGGCAGCUUUCUAUCCAGAGACAGCCACCGACACCUCAUCAUCUGUGCCCGUCAGGGCCAGCGAUUCCAUCACAGUUACGGCAUCUCUGACAUCACCAAACACCGGCACUGUUGUCAUUGAAAACAAAACUCAAAAUAGGAAGACGACCCAAACAGUCGCUGCUCCCGCGACUGCCGACCCAGAAAGAUUGACCGCCUUGGCCGCCAACUGGUUCGUACAGGGCUACCAAGUAACUCCUGGCGAGCUUCUUACUACACCCAACUUUGGAACCAUUACUUUUACUGCAGUGAGCGCUACCUUGGCAAGUGGGAAAUCUGUGGGUGCCACUGGUGCUGGCGCCUACGAGCUGCAGGGCACGUCUGGGCAGAUGUACUCAAAAACAACGAUAUCGGCAAAUCAAAUCCAGGUGCGACGGCAGCAGUAG